GGCGGCGGCAGCCCCUAACCCCUGGACACAUGACACGGGGGCUGAGAGGUCCUGGGAUCUGAUGGAGGUACAGUAGCCGUUGGUCAAGCACAGACUCCAUGCAAAGAGCCAACCUCUCAGCAGUGACUGAAUUCAUCCUCAUCGGCUUCUCCGACUUCCCCCACCUCCGGCUGCUGUUCUUCCUCUUGUUCCUGCUCAUGUACCUGUUCACGUUGCUGGGGAACCUGCUCAUCAUGGCCACCAUCCGGAGCGAGCGCAGCCUCCACACGCCCAUGUACCUCUUCCUGUGCGCCCUCUCGAUCUCCGAGAUCCUCUACACCUUCGCCAUCAUCCCCCGCAUGCUGGCCGACCUGCUCUCCACCCACCGCUCCAUUGCCUGGGCGGCCUGUGCCAGCCAGAUGUUCUUCUCCUUCACAUUUGGCUUCACCCACUCCUUCCUGCUCACCGUCAUGGGCUAUGACCGCUAUGUGGCCAUCUGCCACCCGCUGCGUUACAACGUGCUCAUGAGCCCCGGUGUGUGUGCCUGCCUGGUGGCCUGGUCUUGGGCGGGUGGCUCAGUCAUGGGGCUGGUGGUGACAGCGACCAUUUUCCACCUCACCUUCUGUGGACCCAAUGAAGUCCACCAUUUUGCUUGUCACGUACCACCACUGUUGAAGUUGGCCUGUGGGGACAAUGUCUCCACUGUGGCCCUGGGCGUGGGCCUGGUGUGCAUCACGGCUCUGCUGGGCUGCUGUCUCCUCAUCCUCCUCUCCUACGCCUCCAUUGUGGCCACCAUCUUGCGGAUCCCCUCAGCUGAAGGCCGGCACAAGGCCUUCUCCACAUGCGUGUCCCACCUCACCGUGGUGGUCGUGCACUACGGCUUCGCCUCUGUCAUCUACCUCAAGCCUAAGGGUCCCCAGUCCCUGGAAGGAGACACCCUGAUGGGUAUCACCUAUACCGUCGUCACACCCUUCCUCAGUCCCAUCAUCUUCAGCCUCAGGAACAAGGAGCUGAAGAACGCCAUGAAGAAGACCUUCCUCAGCAAAAUCUACCCAGAAAAAAUAUGACAAUCUGGGAAGAGUUCCUUGGAGACAGGUAAAUUGGGUUACCUGCUGCUGCCACUAGAAAUGGCACCCUGUCAAUUUGUUUGUCUGGUGCUUUAAGGUUUGCAAGGACCCUUGCAGGCAGCAUUCAAAUGCACACACCAUAGUUAAACAAAACAGCAUCAAGGACAUAUUCAGGGUGGAAGGACAUAGGAGGAAAUCAGAUUCAGUGAUUCCUGUCUGUUGGCAGGACACUUUGUAAGGCAGCGUUAACUCUGCAAUCAGUUCUUCUCUUUCCAGGAACCAGAGGGGUCUAAUUACUCCCAACACCAUCAGCCCGUAUUGCAAAGAGAAAUGGAAGAUGUCAGCCUCCCCUCCCCGACCCCAACUAGGCGGCAACAAGUAGCUACAACAUAGAUUUUGUAAGGCUACAAAAGACUAAGUAAGCCAGGUUACAGUGGAGGAGAACAAAGCACCCUAA